GAGCGGAGAAACGCAGCGGAUCGGGGCCGCGGAGACCCCGGGCACCGAGAUUCUUUAUCUUUGUUCAGGAGCCUAAGGUUGCUUGCUGAUCAUAGGAAGAUGUUUCUGUGGCUCUUUCUGGUUCUGUCAUCUCCAGUUUCUUCUACAACUGCAGAUGCUGAUAUAUCUGUGGAAAUUUGCAAUGUUUGCUCCUGUGUGUCAGUUGAGAAUGUACUCUAUGUCAACUGUGAGAAGGUUGCAGUCUACAGACCAAAUCAGCUUAAACCACCAUGGUCUAAUUUUUACCACCUCAACUUUCAAAACAACCUGCUAAUUGUUCUGUAUCCAAAUACCUUUCUUAAUUUUACUCAUGCAGUGUCCUUGCAACUGGGUAAUAAUAAAUUACAGAACAUUGAGGGAGGAGCCUUUAUGGGUCUCAGUUCAUUAAAACAGUUGCACUUGAACAACAAUGAAUUAAAGAUUCUCCGAGCUGACACUUUCCUUGGCAUAGAGAACUUGGAGUAUCUCCAAGCUGACUACAAUUUAAUCAAGUUUAUUGAACGGGGAGCCUUCAAUAAGCUUCACAAGCUGAAAGUCCUGAUUCUUAAUGAUAAUCUGAUUUCAUUUCUUCCUGACAAUAUUUUUCGAUUUGCUUCUCUAACCCAUCUGGAUAUCCGAGGGAAUCGAAUACAGAAGCUUCCUUACAUUGGAGUUCUGGAACACAUUGGCCGAAUUGUUGAACUGCAGCUGGAAGACAACCCCUGGAAUUGUACCUGUGAUUUGUUGCCUUUGAAAGCAUGGCUGGAGAACAUGCCCUAUAACAUUUACAUUGGAGAAGCUAUCUGUGAAACACCCAGUGACCUCUAUGGAAGGCUACUGAAAGAAACCACCAAGCAAGAGCUGUGUUCCAUAGGGACAGGGAGUGAUUUUGAUGUGCGCAUUCUGCCUCCCUCGCAGCUGGAGCCUGGUUACAGCACCCCCAAUGGCCACACCACUCAAAUAUCCGUGCACAGAUUAGUCACCAAGCCACCAAAGACUACAAAUCCUUCAAAGAUCUCAGGAAUAGUAGCUGGCAAAGUGCUGUCUAAUCGCAAUCUCAGUCAAAUUAUAUAUUAUCAGACCAGGGUGCCUCCUUUAACUCCUUGUCCGGUCCCCUGUGUUUGCAAAACGCAUCCGUCAGAUUUGGGAUUAAGUGUGAAUUGCCAAGAAAGAAAUAUAGAGUCAAUGGCUGAACUUGUACCAAAACCUUUAAACGCCAAGAAACUGCAUGUAAAUGGCAAUUAUAUUAAGGAUGUGGACACUACAGAUUUCAUUGAGUUUGAGGGACUGGAUUUGCUACAUUUAGGCAGCAAUCGGAUUUCAGUGAUCAAAGGAGAAGUUUUCCGAAACCUUACGAAUUUACGGAGGUUGUAUCUCAAUGGCAAUCAGAUUGAGCGUCUGAGCCCAGAAAUGUUUGCUGGCCUCCACAACUUACAGUAUCUAUAUUUGGAAUACAAUGUAAUAAAAGAAAUCCUAACAGGCACCUUUGACUUAAUGCCAAAUUUGCAGUUGCUUUACCUGAACAACAACCUUCUACGAAGCUUGCCAGCAUACAUUUUUGCUGGUGCACCACUUGCUAGACUGAAUCUGAGAAACAAUCAUUUCAUGUAUUUACCUGUAAGUGGCGUUCUUGAUCAGCUAAAAUCCCUUACACAGAUUGAUCUGGAAGGUAAUCCGUGGGACUGCACUUGUGAUUUAGUUGCUUUAAAACUGUGGCUUGAAAAGCUGAAUGAAGGUAUUGUAGUGAAGGAGCUGAAAUGUGAAACACCUGUGCAGUUUGCUAAUAUUGAACUUAAGUCUCUGAAAAUUGAGAUUCUCUGUCCUAAACUUUUAAACAAGCCAUCUGUCCUCUUCACUAGCCCUGUGCCUGCUGUUGCUUUUACAACACCAGUAGGACCAGUUCGGAGCCCACCUGGUGGCCCAGUUCCACUGUCCAUCCUAAUUUUAAGCAUAUUGGUUGUGCUUAUUUUAACAGUGUUUGUUGCUUUUUGUCUUCUUGUUUUUGUGCUUCGGCGGAACAGAAAACCAAGUGUAAAGCAUGAAGGGAUUGGAAAUCAAGAAUGCAGUUCUAUGCAACUGCAGCUGAGGAAGCAUGAACACAAGUCAAACAAAAAAGAUGGACUAGGUGCAGAGGCCUUCAUUCCUCAAACCAUCGAGCAGAUGAGCAAAAGUCAUACCUGUGGUUUAAAAGAGUCUGAAACGGGGUUCACCUUUGCAGACCCACCAGGGCAAAAACUCAUUUUGAGAAAUAUUAAUGACAAGGAGAAAGAUUUAUUGCAUACGGAUACCAGAAAAAGGCUGAGUACAAUUGAUGAACUGGAUGAGUUGUUUCCUCGGAGGGAUUCCAAUCUAUUUAUUCAAAAUUUUCUUGAAAGUAAAAAGGAAUACAAUAGUAUAGGGGUCAGUGGCUUUGAAAUACGUUACCCAGAGAAAUUACAAGAUAAAAAAACCAAGAAAUCUCUAAUAGGUGGUAAUCAUAGUAAAAUUGUAGUAGAACAAAGGAAAAGUGAAUAUUUUGAACUGAAAGCUAAACUUCAAGGUUCACCUGACUACCUACAAGUCCUUGAAGAACAAACUGCUUUGAAUAAAAUAUAG